CAGAUUUUCACCAUCAAUUUUCAAUUGCUUCACUGAGUUUGUGACUUUGUCUUGUAGCACUGUUGAUCAUCGCUGAUCAAUACUAGUAAAAACCCUAGAUAAACAUAUAAACCCGGUGUUAACCUGUCCAUUACAUAUCAGAUAUAUCGUAUACUCCACAAGAGAAUGUAAUUUAUAUAGUGUAGUAUAGUCCUUAAAGGAGAUUUCAGUCAUUACUAAUGAAGCAAUAUUUGUCAAAGGAAAGUUAUUUGAUUAUCGUAAAGUUUUUCUAAGUAUAACUUUGGGGAUUUUGUCUGUGUUAUGAUCGUGUUAUUGACUCUUAAUCAGCUGAUUGGAAUAUUUGGAUGUUAAAAAGGAAUACUUUGUUAGCGGAAUGAUCUACUACCUGAGUAUAACGGUGUUAACUAUCUUACUAUACCUGGAGUCAGUUACAAGUACGUUUCCUCACCAAUUUGACAAAUAUUCGACUCACAACGUUACAGUGACAGAAGGGCAACAGGCAAUCCUCCCAUGCCAUGUUGAAUCCAACAGAGAAAUUAUGAUUAUAUGGAUGAAUCCCAAAAAGAUUAUGAUAUCUGAACGAGAAAGUCGAUAUAUCGACGACCCUCGUAUUAGUGUAGAGCGACCAUUUGUUGGAGACUAUAAUUUACACAUAAGGAACGUACGAUACGACGAUAGAGGGGAGUACACCUGUAAUAGUAAUAAACAACCAGUAGAAUCCAGACGGAUCAGACUUAUUGUGAAAGUGCCUUCUAAGUUUGUAAGAGAUGAACAGCGUGAUGAAGUAAUAACCAGAGAAGGAGCAACCGUCACACUUACAUGUAAUGCCACCGGUAUACCCACACCUAAUAUCACAUGGUUUAGACGUGAAUCUAAUGAAGAGGAACAUCCUGAACAGGUCGGUACGGUGGGAGAAGUAUUAAUAAUUUAUAAUAUAAGUCGACAUUGUGGUGGAAUGUAUGAGUGCAUGGCAUUUAAUGGAGUAUACCCAGCCAUUUCUAAAACCAUUAAAGUCGAAGUACAAUUUAAACCAGAAAUAACUAUAAGAAAUAAACGUUUAGGACAGUGUGAGAGCAAAGAAACAAUGUUAGAGUGUAUCGUUACAGCGUCUCCACAAGGAGACAAUUAUUGGAAAAGGGGCCAAAAUGAAAUCUCUAAAAAUGAAUAUGGUUAUAGAGUGGAAGUUUAUCGUGAAAAUGAAUAUACCGUAUCAAUUUCUUUAAGAAUUUUGAAUGUUAAAAAUGAUGACUUUGGUUUAUAUACUUGUGAAGCCAAAAAUGCUUUAGGGAUGUCACGUGAUACUAUGGAAUUAUAUGAAUAUGUAGAACCAACAAAACCGCCAACAACGACAACUGCUGUCACUACAAAACACAAAAAGUAUAAUCCCAGACCAGAUAAAAAUAGACAUUAUAACAAACAAAAUAAUUUAGACACAGAAGAAGACAGUUUGGAGUAUGUAGAUGAUGUUGAUUACCGGAAAGCGUUGUCUCAAAAUCCACGAACACAAGUCUCAGGUCAGAUUGGAACUGGUGAAUAUGGUAAUUCCGUAGAUAAAGUUCGGCAUCACAUUGGUAUUUUGACUUUGACUUUAAUUUUAUUGAAGUUAGUAAAUUGACAUGACGAACGUUGUUUAUAAGAAAUAACGAGAAAGUAUUAUAGAAACCUGACAUGAUUUUUUUAUCAAAUAUUUGUUCGUCAAAUAUAACGAUUUAUAACUGGCUCGAUAAUUAUAAAAAGAAAAUCUUUUGAAAUUUGUAGACAAUCAGAUAAAAAGAAACAUGGAGAAACAUAAGAGAAACAAAUAGUUUGUGAUACAAAGAAUUGUCAGACUGUAGAACUUUAUGGAAAAAUAAGUUGUAUACAUGCUUAAGUUUAUCAAGAUCUAUGAUAGAACCUAAAGCUCUUUAUGAUAUUUCUUUAGGUUGAAAUGUUUAAGGUCCAUCAUGAUCGAAUCAUUAGAUUCUGAUUAUUAUUUGUGAAGAAAUAUGUGCCAAAUGCUACAAUAUAACAGUAGGAUCAUUGGUGUUUAAUUUUGUGUUUAUCAUUUUACUAGGCAUAUACUGCUAACACAUACACGAUUUCUAAACUAAGUUAACAAUAAUUUGAUUUUGUCAAAACAAUUUCAAAUUAUAUAAAGGCAAUAUUAAUAUUUAUAAGUUUCAUACAAGAGAGAACUUGAUGUCGCUUGAUAUCAACUAGGGUUAAUUGAUUUCAACGUAUAUUUGACCAUGCCUUGGCUAGUUAACGAUCACGCUAUAUCAAAUUCGUACCAGUUGAUAAAUCAUGAGACUCGUUUGCACAUCGUUUCAUAGUGAUUGAUGAGCCAAUUAAAUUAACGCAUUAUCAUAUCACUUUUUCGAAUCACACUCCGUGCAGUGCGAUACAAGAAAUAUCUUCGUCGCCGAAAUAUACAGGUAAAAGGGCACAACUAUUAGAGAAGAAUUAAUUCACUCCAUUAUUUCAAAUAUGCUAUUUGAUAAUCGCCGAAGUCAUUAAAACAAUGUUUUGCUGUUAAUUUUAUAUUUAUUCCAGACCGUAAAGAAUGUAGCUGUCUGUAUAUAGUUCUGAUUUAAGAAUUUUAUUUCAUUGUCUUUUUUCUAAUUGCCUUUAUGUUUAAGUGAUAGUUUUUGAAUGGUGCAAGUUAUGUCAAGGACAAAUUUUCUCUUGUUAGAUUUUAUAUUUUGUAUUGUUGAUUUUAUUUUGAAAUAAAUUGAUGUAAUGUAUAUAUGAAAUGUAUAUUUGAUAAGUAUGUUCGAAGAUAUGCAAGGUAUGUGUCUGACAGUUUGUAUUAUUCCGAUGACGGUGAUAUAAAAUGUAUCUAAUAUAGUAUUCAGUUGUAAUCGUGGUAAACUGUCUGCAACAGACAUUCAUCUAUAGUGGUUUGUAUUAUAUGUAAAAAGACGUUGUUUUUGUUUUUGUGUUUUUUUCCGUAAUAAAUCAUUCGUAUAAAAUUGUUA